UUUAUAGUUUUUGAGAGCGUACAACAAGCCCAUGGCCCCUAAGGGGAAGAGGGGGAAGAAGAAAGUUUUAGGGACUGUGUUGAGGUCUAGUAAGAGGGUUAUUAAAGAAACCGUGAAGAUCGCUGUUUUUGAAGGAGACACUCAAGAAUCAACACAAGAAGAUCAAAAUGGAGAUACCGAAGAACUUCCUGAAAACGAGCCUUUGGUGGUCAGAACCAUUCCUGUUGAAGAAAGAGUCGAGGAAGAAGAAGAAGCCCAAACAAUUGAAGUUUCUGUCAAAAAACCCAAGGAAGAAAAGAGAAAGCAGGAGAAGAUAGAAACUCAUGAAGAGAAACAAGAACCAGCGAAGACUACAAAAACAAAGAAAAGAACCCAAGAAGAGAAAGGGCAGGAGAAGAAGAGGAGGAGGAGGAGGAGAAGGGGAGUAGAAGAAGGUGGUGAAGGUUAUAAAAGAUAUGUGUUUAGGGUUUUGAAGCAGGUCCAUCCAGAGCUCAGAAUAUCAUCAAUGGCGAUGAGUGUUAUCAACAGCUUGAUGAAGGACAUGUUUGAGAGGAUUGCUGAUGAGGCAGCAAAGCUUUCACAGCACAGCCAUAAGAUGACACUGUCGUCUAGGGAGAUUCAGGGUGCAGUGAAGCUGGUUUUGCCUGGAGAACUUGGGAGGCACGCCAUUGCUGAGGGUUCUAAAGCUGUAACAAAUUAUAUGUCUUAUGAAGCAAAAGGAUCCAAGGCAUAGCAUCAUUCAAUUUGAAAUAUAGAAUCAAUAGUGUCUUAAUUUUAGGAUUUUCUUUUCUUUUUUUUUAAUUUGGCUUGUAGUGUGUUAGAAUUUGUCUUUGAAUUGUACAUGGGAAGCCUAAAUUUUGGAGGAAUGUGCAUGUAUAUAUGCUUUUAAGGUGUUUAAGCAGCUAGCUUCUCCAUGCCAUGCAUGACUUCAAAUCAACGGUAGAGUUUGAUCACGGCUGUUGAAUAUUCUUAUUGUGGCAAUUGCUGCACUUGAUCAAAAUACACUUAGUCAAAUCUUUACCGUCUGAAGCAACUUUUGAGGAGAA